UCAGCUGAUCCCGCGCGAUUCAGCGCGAUCGCUUGUACGACGUCCGCACGAGCCAGACAAGCUCGUGGCAUCGUAGAAGCAAUGUCCGAGCAAGUUCAAGCAUCGUGUUUGACCUGGAAUCUAGGCCAACAAUGACGCAGAAUUCGGGGCCGCGGAAACAGGAACCAAUGUCUAGAUCGUGGUCCUUUUCUCCGACCUCACUUCCUCCUAUCAAUUUCUGUAUGGCGACCACCACAAGCCUCAUUGCUAUCAGCCAGGGGCCUCCGACAUCAUGCCAGACGAGGCGGAUCCGGCUCCAGUCUUUGUCUUCCUGGACCCCGUGAAUAAGCCAUCCACUGGCAAGUCUGCAAAAUUCCGGACCAAUGUUCGGUCCCACGUUACACUCCGGCAACAUCGGGUCCGGAGGCUGCAGGAGAAAUUCGCAAGCGCAACGUCGGGGUCACAGGGGAGAGGAGAUCAGGCUAUCAUACGACUGGAUGAGAAGACUCCUCAAGACGCAGCAGCGAAAGGAACAGACCUCUUCAAGCUCGAACAAACCCGUCCCAUUGUCACGACAUCCGCCGACCUCACCAACGCAUCAAUCGCGGCCCUCCGCACCGGCUCUCUGGCUUUCAGAUUAUACAUCCUCAACGAACCAUCCAACGACAUCGGCGACAUUCUCAAUGAUGUAGAGAUCGACGCCAUCUCCGUCAUUAACAGCUACAUUCAAGACUCUCUUUCGCAAGCCCGCGUCUGGGAAGCUGAACACCCCGUCAUCGUUCCCGGCACAGCCGAGAAGUUCCUUCCGCAUCAAAUAUUCGAAGACCCGGCACUCGUCGUCUCGGUCAUGCUACUUGGACUGGCGACCAUCCUCCUCGAUCGACCUGGACCACAAACGCCGAUGGCUCGUCGAAGUAUGCUCCGCCUCCGUGGCCAUGUUAUGCGGAGUAUAAAUUCCGCGCUGGACGAUUCGAGCCGAGUGGUAAAGGACGAGGUGCUGGUUGCGGUGAUAUUGCUCGCGAGAAGCGAUGCGAUAUACGGUUCGAGAGAAGCUGGACUAAGCGAGAGCUGCCCGGUGCAUAUGACAGGCGUGAUGGAUAUGGUGAAUAUGAGAGGAGGACUAAGCGAACUAGGGUUUGACGGAGUGGUUGAGGCUUUUGUUCUAUGGCAAGACGUCAAUAUCGCAGAAAUGACCGGAGGAAAAACCCCUCCGCCUUUCGGGGUGUCUCCACUGCACGCUCUGACCUCGGCCACCUGGACGGAAACCUUGGCCAUGAUGAGUUCGAUGCUGCUCAUCUCGAUUCGGAACAAGCUCCCGAGGAAUUUCCGUCAGCUAAAUCGGAUUGCUCGAAUGCAUGGAUUCUCCAACUCACUGGCGAGAGGAUCGUGCGUCGGACACAUCAAUUCAAUCACAAAGGAAGUCGACCCAUCACGUCGUCCCACGAUCCAGUAUAUCUGCAAGCCUGUCCGAUUUCAGCUCAAGAACCCAGUUGCCGCCGACUUCAGCUGUUGUUGA